CAAGCGACCUUUGAAAGGAGCCGCACGCGCACUCAGAAUUUCCUGUAGUUUUAUGUUUCAUAUUAAGUUUAAUAUCAAAAUGUAUAGUUUAGUAUUCUUCGGAUUAGCACUUUGUGCUGUGGUUUCAGGUCAAGAAUUCGACUGUCCAGAAAAGAGCGGCUUCUACCCAGACCCUUACCAGUGUGACCUCUAUUACAAAUGCAGUAAAGGUCAAUCAGAAGCGAAGCUGUGUCCCGACGGGCUGGUUUUCUCCGAUGAGAACCCCAACAAGGAGCGAUGCGACAUCCCCUCUAACGUCGACUGCGGCGAUAGGAAGGAACUUCAGGAACCUAAGCCAUCAAAGGGAUGUCCCCGUCAGAACGGUUACUUCAAGCACCCCGACCCGCAGGCUUGUGACAAGUUCUACUACUGCUCAGACGGGGUGCCCAACGAGCACCCGUGCCCGCCCGGGCUGUACUUCAACGAAGACACUUCCAACUGCGACUGGAAGGACGCCGUCAACCGCCGCUGCGACCAGAUCACUAAGGACGUUCUAGACGACGGCUUCUCCUGCCCGGACGGUGAAGUUCAAGGUCCCAAUGGCCGUGCACUGCCACACCCCACUUUCCCGCACCCAGAAGACUGCCAGAAGUUCUACAUCUGCCGCAACGGAGUACAGCCUCAGAAGGGCAGCUGUCCCUCGGGCAAGGUGUACAAUGAAGACACCUUCAUGUGUGACGAACCUGAAAAGGUGCCCGGAUGUGAGAAUUACUACGAGGGCCAGUCAUUGGACAAGAACAAGCUGCCGAAGAAAGCGUGAAGUGUCAUAAUUAGAUAAACUGUAAUUAGUAUUGUA